AUGAACUUAACCGUUUUAGUUCAAAACGCAAGCUUUCCACAGUGUGAAACUACAAACGAAACAGCCGAUUCUAAGGCAGGCAAGACAGUGGCAUACGCCAUUAUCAUGUUAAUGUCACUAAUGGGUAAUUUUGCCAUUGUUUUGGUCAUCUACAAAACGCCAAGGCUGCGAACCACAACGAAUUUUCUAAUAGCCAAUAUGGCUGUAUCCGAUUUGCUACUACCACUUUUUGCUAUGCCGCGAACGAUGACAGCGGUUUAUUUUGGCGCCAAUCGCUGGAUGAUACCGGGAAGCUUUGGUCUAGUCACGUGCAAGCUUGCUGCUCUCUUUCAAGACGUUUCGACCGCGGUGUCGACGCAGAGUUUAGUGCUUAUCGCCGCGGAUAGAUACUAUAACGUUUUCUCUCCGGUUAAAGCAGCGGUAAUGAGCUUUAAGGCUGUAAAGAUUACUAUAUCAUUGGUGUGGUUCAUCGCAGUGCUGCUUCACUCGCCUUACUUCUAUAUCUAUAGAAUUUACGUACGCGACGGUAAAGCGUACUGCUUGCUAAACUGGUCCCCGCCGUUCCCGGACGACAAUCAAGCACAGAAAAUCUACUUUGUCCUACUCUACAUUUUGCUUUUUAUUCUUCCAUUGUGCACGAUCGCUUCCCUUUACAGCGCUGUUAUCUUGCGCUUAAAAAGACACCAGAUCCCAGGACAACACCUAAACGAAAACGCGAGAAAACUUCGCGAAAAGCGUAAUAGAGCUGUCCUACAGCUCUCUGUUGUCAUAGUAAUCGUGUUUGUUCUGUGUUGGACCCCCUUUACAACAUACGCGUUUCUAAAGUUCUUCAAGUGGAAUUUGCCUUUUUGCGGAAGCAAGCACACUGUGUUUAUUGUGUACUUCGUAGCUCAUUCCAUCAGCGCCAUCAAUCCGUGUGUUUAUUUUCUGUUUAGUUCCAGUUAUCGUCAAGGCCUCAAAGAAGUAUUCAGUUGCUUUUUCUGCGACGUUUCUUCUUCUCGAGUUUUCCCCGUGAUCGGUGACGAAGAACUCGAAAUGAGGGCACGCGCCAGGACUUUUUCUACUCGCGAUUUUCGACACUUAUAG